GUGGGAUUCGGCUAAAUUCGUGUGUUGGAGACGGGGUGCGCCGUCACCGCGCUUUCUGCAUCGGGUUACACCAUUCAUUCAGGGUCAUUCGGUUCACCGGGGUAACGCAGCAGUAACGGCGAGCGGACGAACACGAUGGCCACAUCGCGGGCGCGCGUGCCUCCGUUUUCCUCAUGAACCGACCGGCGGCGGCGGAAGCAACGGCAGCAUCUGCGUGCGGGUUUGAGUUUGUCUCAUACCGGGUGCGCGUGGAACCGAUCCCACCGUCUGGCGGAUCGUCUGCCAGGCUGACUCACCACUGGAGUGUUUGAAAGGUCCCGAGAGAGUGAAAGUGAAGAGAGGCUGAGACAUUACAUCACAACGUAGCAGAGAAAGUGAGAGGCGAGGAGAACAGAGUGAGACGAGCUAGAGACGAGGACAGAACAACAAGCAGGAAGUAGAGCUCUGGGCUCUUUCACCCCUGACCGUUGAACUCUGACCUCAGAGCCAACAUGAAUGACCAGAACGUAGUGAAAGAGGGUUGGGUUCAGAAAAGAGGUGAAUACAUUAAGAACUGGAGGCCGCGGUACUUCCUGUUAAAGACGGAUGGAUCGUUUAUCGGAUAUAAAGAAAAGCCGCAGGAUGCUGAUUUGGCGUAUCCUCUCAACAACUUCUCUGUGGCCAAGUGUCAGCUGAUGAAGACAGAGAGACCGAAGCCCAACACCUUUAUCAUCAGGUGCCUGCAGUGGACCACUGUGAUCGAGCGCACGUUCCAUGUGGACACGCCUGACGAGAGGGACGAGUGGGUCGAGGCCAUUCAGAUGGUGGCGGACAAGCUCGCCAAACAGGAAGAGGAGGGAAUCUUGUGUAGCCCCAUCUCGCAGAUUGAAAACGUCAACGAGGAAGAGAUGGACACGUCGACCAGUCAUCACAAACGAAAGACAAUGAGUGACUUUGACUAUCUGAAGUUACUGGGUAAAGGAACGUUCGGGAAGGUGAUUCUGGUGCGGGAGAAAGCGAGCGGAACGUAUUAUGCGAUGAAGAUUUUGAAAAAGGAGGUCAUUAUUGCUAAGGACGAAGUGGCUCACACGCUCACAGAGAGUCGAGUUCUGAAAAACACUAGACAUCCAUUUUUAACUUCACUGAAGUAUUCGUUUCAGACGAAGGAUCGAUUAUGUUUUGUCAUGGAAUAUGUGAACGGAGGAGAGCUAUUUUUUCAUCUGUCAAGAGAGCGUGUGUUUUCGGAGGAUAGAACCCGGUUCUACGGCGCUGAGAUCGUUUCUGCGUUAGAUUACUUGCACUCCGCAAAAAUAGUUUACCGUGACCUGAAGCUGGAGAACCUCAUGCUGGAUAAGGACGGCCAUAUAAAGAUCACAGAUUUUGGUUUGUGUAAGGAAGGCAUCACGGACGCCGCCACUAUGAAAACAUUCUGCGGGACCCCGGAGUAUCUGGCACCUGAGGUGUUGGAGGACAAUGAUUAUGGGAGAGCAGUGGACUGGUGGGGUCUGGGUGUUGUUAUGUAUGAGAUGAUGUGUGGACGCCUUCCUUUUUAUAAUCAGGACCAUGAGAAGCUCUUUGAGUUGAUUUUGAUGGAGGAGAUCAAAUUUCCCAGAACCCUCUCAGCGGAUGCCAAGUCAUUACUCUCCGGAUUACUCAUCAAAGACCCCAAUAAGAGACUCGGAGGCGGCCCGGAUGAUGCUAAAGAAAUCAUGAGACACAGUUUCUUCACUGCGCUGGACUGGCAACAUGUCUAUGAUAAAAAGCUGGUUCCUCCCUUUAUGCCCCAGGUGUCGUCCGAAACAGACACCAGAUAUUUUGACGAGGAGUUCACGGCACAGACCAUCACCAUCACUCCGCCAGAGAAGUAUGAUGAGGAUGGAAUGGACUCGGAGGAACGGAGACCACAUUUCCCACAGUUUUCUUAUUCAGCCAGCGGGCGGGAGUGAUGUCAUUUAUCCACGUAGCCAUGCUAGAAAGAGCCUCCCCCUCAUUCCCCCUCCGAUCAAUUACUGAUAGACAUAGGGAAUCAAUUUCUGUUGCUUUCUGUUUGUUUCUUCGUUGAUGUGGGACUUUAAGGGGUUUUGCACAGUUGGGUGAGACUUACGCUAGUCAACCCACGAGUCUUGUACACUUUCUGCUUGUUGUUUACAGACCAUGGACAGUGUUUUUGGGGGGACAUGAUCAGUAUUGUCGAUGACCUUUUUCUUUUUUGCACUUCUUUAAAAAGAGCCGUUAUGGGGAACAAACCAAAAAUGUUGCCUUAUGUGUGUGGAUCUCAUCUGCCCGACGGACGGAUGGACGGACAUGUAGUUAGAAGCAGGGCUAGUUCUGCUCCGGCGAGGCUCACAAAUUUUGUUUAACACGCACACACUCGUUCCUUUUCCGUGCUUUUCGGUAAAAGCGUGAAAAAGUGUUUCGCAGGACGCCAGUGUUAAUAUUUGCGUUUGUUUUAUCCUCGCGCUCCGAUAUGAAGGUUUACGUUGCAGAUACACCAUAUUACAAACAGCUGCCGUUACUGUAUAAUCUCUCAGGCAAUUCACAACAUGAGGGAAUCUCAGAAAAAUGUCGCGAACGACUCAUAUUUCACCCCAGAGUUACAAGUACAUUUUGCAUAAACUAUACAAUUUUGUGUACCGUAAUGAUGUAUUUUUCUUAACAAAUUAAGCGCAUUUCUUCAAAUGUCGCGAAAAUAAAUCGAUUUAUUAAAAUGGUAAGGUAGCCUAUUUAUGCAUCAUGUAAUGACUUAUACAGAGUUAAAUAACGCAUAUAUCAAUAUUUAUUGUGAUACAGUAGAAACUAUAUAAAUACAAUAAGUAUUGUAAUACAAAAAUAUAACUAAAUGUUUCUAAGACGUAUUGUAAUUGAAUAAAAAAAGUCAUAAAAUGUUUAAAAAAAUGAUUGGUCCUAGAAUAUUAUUUUCAUUAUUCUUUUUAAUAUCGGGGUGAAAUGUGACACGGAUACAUUUUGGUGAGAUUCACUCAAAUCAACUCACCGCUGGGUGAAACCCACCCAAAAAUGGUAUUGAACAUAUUGUCCUUAAAGGGACAGUUCACCCCAAAAUGAAAAGUCAUUCAUUUUCUCACCCUCACGUCAUGAGAAACCUGUAUGAUUUUGUUUCAUGAAGAUAAGAACGUUGGUAACCAAACAACAUUGACUUCCAUUGUAUAGAUACAAAAUUACUGAGACAUUUCUCAAAACAGUCACAUGUGAGGGUGAAUAAAUGAUGAUUUUUUAUUUUUGCGUGCACUGUCCCUUUAACUGAUUACCUCUGAUAAGCGUAAAUUGCUAGAGAAAUCUCCGAACCCGAGAAAUCGCCUCUGCGGACAAUGUGUCAGUCAUUUUGGGUGACGUUUCACCUUUAUUGUACAGAGCAACAGGUAUGUUAUCUCUCUCACCAGCACAGAGAGAGAUGAAUCAACCACUGACCCUCACCACAAAGAGUUAAGAUUCACGUUGGACUAUUCCAGAAGAUGUAAAUACAAACCUCUCCAUCUCUUUUACCAUUAUUCUUAGGUUUAUUUUUGCUUUGACGCCGUCUCCAUAGCUGUGGAAAUCGUAUGCGUGACGUGUGCGUUUGAAAUCAGAUCACAAACUCAUGAUAUGUGAAACUGAGCCAUGCAAUAUCAGCGUGAAAGACCCCGGGCCCACCGUGUGAUGUACAUAUGCAACGUCUGUUUGUCACGCGUCACAGCCCGAGACAAAAGCCGCGUGACAGUUAUUGUGUGUGACUGCAGAUGUGAGUUCUCGGAUGACUAAAAUAAAAUAAAAAACAGCGAAUUGAAACACAAAUUACUUGGAGGACGUUUAUUAUACGGAUGUUUGUUUCCACGGCGAUGAGUUGCUGUAGAUCCCAUCCUGUGUGUACCUGGUCCAGUGAACGUUUCGGAAACUGACGGUAUUUGUUGCGGUUGGUCAUUGCGAGUGGGCGUGUGUGAUUGUACGUUACCGUUUCAAUCGUUAUUUUUACGCUGUGACGUAUUUGGUCUGGCUAACAGCAACUCCUCAGUUUUUUAAUGUUGUUCGAAUGGCCGAGUUUUCUUUUUAUUUCAGCGUAUUUUUGUACUAUAGAUGUAAUUGAGUUGUAUUUAUUUUCGUAUGUCGGGAUGAAGGACGGUGUCGGCCGUGUUUCUCUCACUCUCUCCCCUCAUUAAUUUUUAUAUCUUUCCUUUAGUCUUUGGCGGUUUUGUUUUCAUACCAAAACAUUAGCGCAAGUGGCCCCUAGAGGACUUGCAUUGCCAUUUGGUAGUAUUUAUUUUAAGUUAAAUUAAAAUGUUGAAAUUUCCCGA